CAAAUCUAACGACACACACAACACACAAUUACAACUUGUUUUCUUUUUCUUAAAUAUAAAAAAGAAACAUGGCUGAACAACAUCCAGAUGAUUUAGACCAACUUCUUGACAGUGCUUUGGAUGAUUUUCAGACCUUAAAUCUUGCUUCUUUAUCUUCUCAAAGGGAUGGUGGAGAGAACAAAGCUGAGGCUUCUUCAUUGAGCAUUGGAGGUCAAGGAUUGGGAUUGGGGUUAGGGUCAGGUUUGCCUGAUUUGAAAAGUAAGAACAAAGGAAAGCAAAAGGUGGCACCAAAAGAUUCACAUGCUUCAGAGACUCUGAAUAAAUUGAGAGAGCAGACUAGGGAGACUGUUAAAGGUUUGGAAUCUAUUGCGGGUUUGAAACCAGGUGGUGUUGAUGGAUUGGGUGACGACAAAAUGAUGGAGGAUUUGGUCAAGCAGUUUGAGGAACUGGCUCAAUCUCAGGAUAUGGAGUCUAUAGUAGAGACUAUGAUGCAGCAGCUAUUGUCUAAAGAAGUUCUUCAUGAACCCAUGAAAGAAAUUGGAGAACGAUACCCGAAAUGGUUAGAAGACAAUAAAUCUAAACUAAGCCAAGAAGAGUACAAUCGGUACUUUCAUCAGCAUGAGCUCAUAAAGGAUUUAAAUGUAGUUUAUGACAAUGAGCCUGGUAAUUUUAACAAGAUUAUUGAGCUCAUGCAAAAGAUGCAAGAAUGUGGUCAACCCCCGAAUGAUAUAGUGAAAGAGCUCGCUCCUGAUUUUGAUAUAUCGGCUCUUGGUCAAUUAUCACCUGAAAUGAUGGCCGAUGCUCAACAGAACUGUUGUAUAAUGUGAAAUAUAUCAUGCACACUAUGCUUUCUUCCAUUUGCUGUAUUUUUCUUUUAAUAGAAUUCGAAAGAAGAUAAAGUUAAUUGUGUUUCAUCUGAAUAUUUGACCUUUUUAUUUUUCGUACCUAAUGAUCAUGCCUCCUUAUGUUUCUUUUCA